AUGUCCGCCGGGGAUACAGCGCAAGACAAGGGCUUCAUAAAGGAUUUGGAUGGAUGGGUCGAGCAGCUGUACGAAUGCAAGCAGCUUACCGAACUCAACGUCAAACAACUUUGCGAGAAGGCAAAAGAAAUUCUUGAAAAGGAAUCCAAUGUACAAGAAGUCAAAUGCCCGGUAACCGUUUGCGGCGACGUCCACGGUCAAUUCCACGAUCUCAUGGAGCUAUUUAAGAUGGGUGGCAAGAGCCCUGACACCAACUACUUGUUUAUGGGCGACUAUGUUGAUCGCGGGUACUACUCGGUCGAGACUGUUUCUCUACUUGUUUCCCUGAAGGUGCGAUACCCGAGUCGCGUGACGAUUCUCCGAGGCAACCACGAGUCUAGGCAAAUUACCCAGGUCUAUGGUUUCUACGACGAGUGCCUGCGGAAGGCUCACCAGCUUGUCAUGGAGGGCUACAACUGGUGCCAUGAUCGCAACGUCGUCACCGUCUUCUCGGCGCCAAAUUACUGCUACCGAUGCGGCAACCAGGCGGCAAUGGUCGAGCUCGACGACGAACUGAAGUACUCUUUCCUGCAAUUCGACCCGGCACCGAGACGCGGCGAGCCACACGUCACUCGUCGUACGCCCGAUUAUUUCUUA